UGUGUUACGUAGCUGUACGUAGUUUUGCUGUCAACAGAUUGUCUUUCGAGAAAAUUGAGAUUUGUCAAAAUCUAGGUACUUGAAAUUACGUAGGUGAGAAAAACCUACAGUAAUAUGCCCAAGUGUUCUAUAGUGAUGUGUGGUGCAAGUAAAAACAAAAAGCGACCUCGACUGACGCUUCAUAGAUUUCCGAGAAAUGAAACGUUGAAGAUAAAAUGGUUAGAGGUGAUUGGCGAGGAAAAUAUAAAUCCUCGACAUAAAGAGUGGGUUGUCUGUUCACUGCAUUUUGAAGAAAGCUGUUUUAAUAGGACUCUUGAUGUUAUUAGACUAUGUGACGACUCAUUACCCACAAUAUUUCCGUUUCCCCUACGGACUAGACAUGAUAUGUCUGUACUGGAUGAAAACUGUAAUAUUAACAUUGAUGUUGCUAGUACGUCCACUACAAAUGUUUCCUUGCCAUUACCAGAAGUAGAUAAUGAUGUACUCAAAUGGCUACCAGCUAGACAGGAAUUAUCUGUGCUGGGUAAAAAGUGCAAUAUUAACAAUGAUGUUGCUAGUAUGUCCACUGCUAAUGUUUCGUUACCAGUACCAUUACUAGAUGAAGUACACAAAAGGGUCAUCAAAAGUGAAAAAAUUAAAGCUCUCAAACAGAAAUGUUUGAACCAGCAAAAAAAAAUAAAACGUCUCAAUGAAAAACUUAGACGCCAAGCCAAAAAAAUUGCCAAUAUGAAAGAUAUUAUUGAACAUCUUCGACAAGCUAACAAAAUAAAUAUGGAACAGGCCAUUAUCAUUGAAGAUUUGGCAGGGUCGCAUGACUUUAUUUUUAUAAAGUCAUGCGACCCUGCCAAAUGAGACAAUGCAUGAAGUCGAAAGGAUUACCUUUAUCAAGCAAAUGUUCAGAAGAUAUUAGAAAAUUUGCCUUUGUAAGAGCAUAUUAUAUGUAAGGCAGAAAUAUAACACCUGCUUACUACAUGCUCAUAAAUAUGAAAAGUGCAUUAACACUGUACCAAUACUUGGUGGAUAAGUCAAAAAUGUUACAGUAUGUCCCGUUUUACAAAGUCGGCCAGGACCAUAUUGAACUAUUUUUCUUGAUCCGUUUUGAAGGGGGGUUCAAUAAUAACCCCAAUGCGAUACAGUUCCGCGCUGCAUACAAAAAGUUGCUGGUGAGAGCAGAGAUACGCAAUGACGGAAUAGGUAAUUGUACUCCGCUAGAACAAAUUUAUAUUCUAACUUGUUCAAGAAAAACCCCAUUAGAACUUUAAAUGAUUUAACAGAAAAAGAAAAAUUUGCGGUAAUCAUAGAAGAUCACAGCGACUUAUACGAUAUGGAGAUAUGUGACUUAUGGAGACAAUUUUAUCCUAAUACAGAUAGGAUAUUUAUUUAGGUUACGUUACCUAAAAAUUGUUAAGCAGUAUUAAAUGUGACAUUUGUACUUCAUUAUUGUUAGGAGAAGAUCAGGACAGCCUCAUUUACAAAAAAUCUAGAGGAGGCCUGAAAUACGCUUUAUACAGCGUAAUUGAAAUAAAAAAGCAUAAAAAAUUAUAAAAAUACAUUUUACUGAAUAACCCCAAGAACUGUAUUACUUAUACAUUUUGAGUUUAUGUGCGAAUUAUGUGAUUUUAAUAAUUAUUUUUCUGUUGACAUAGAUCCUGAUCAUAGCAGUAAUCAUAAAUUACUACUAAUAAAAUGUUUUAUAAAAAUUAUCCUCAAUAUACGAUUCAGAUAUCAUGGUAAAGUAAGUAAGUAAAGUACCUCAAAGUCAUUUUUAGGUAAAUUAAUAUUGUUCAGAAAUGAAUAAAAAUAUAGUAUAAAAUAAA